GGUCGUGUGGAAGGCAAAAGCCUUAUAGAGAUUGGUGCUGGUCCCACCAUAUAUUUUAUUCUGUCUGCCUGUGAAAACUUCAAGCAGAUAUACCUUACAGAUUAUUUAGAAGGCAACCUGCAGGAAAUAGAGAAAUGGCUAAAAGGUGAUGGGGAGGCCUAUGAUUGGUCCCGAUAUCUAAAAUAUGUCUGUGCCAUUGAAAACCACAGGUCCACAGCGGAGGAGAAGGCAGAGAAGAUACGCAGGAAAGUCUCACUCAUGAGGUGUGAUGUCACCAAAUCCAAUCCCCUAGAGCCAAAUUCCCUUCCCCUGACAGACUGUGUGAUCGUUGCCGGGUGUCUCAUCUGUGCUUGCAAGAAUGUUGAAGAUUAUAAAGCCGCCCUAAAGAACGUUGUAUCUCUGAUCAGACCCGGGGGCCAUCUCAUUAUCACCGAUUACUUAGGGGCUUCGUAUUACCUGGUUGGCGAAGCAAAGUUUCCAGUUCUGUCACUUGAUGAAAAUAUUGUGCGAGAGGCGGUAGCUGAUAGUGGGUGUGAGAUGCAGGAGUUUACAACAUUUACUGACUUUGUUAUUCCAGAAGAUACUUUUAAUUGUAAAAAUUCUUUCUGUCUUCUAGCCUGCAAAUAUUGA